AUGGAGCGGAGUGAUCGUGUUGCCGUCAAGGACGUUUUGAUGUUCAGGGAUAAAACUCAGAACUUUCGACGCGUGCUGUUGUCCUGUGGUACGCAGAUGGCACAACAAUUCAGCGGAGUCAAUGCUUUGGGGUAUUAUCUACCGACUCUGUUACAGCAAAGCGUGGGGUUUGACCAACAGAUGAGUCGACUUAUGACAGGAGUCAACGGUACCAUCUACCUCGGAUCUGCCUUUUGCUGCCUACUUCUGAUCGACAGAUUCGGCCGCCGCAAAAUGAUGCUCUACGGAGCUACCACAAUGGGCUCCUGUUACUUGAUUGCUUCGAUGUGUCUCCGAGCUGGGGACGCAAAUCCAGCCCAGAAGCGAACGAUGGGAAAUGUCACCACCGCGAUGUUCUUCAUGUACUAUUUCUUCUACGGAACCAGCUUUGCUAAAGUUCCAUGGGUAUACAACUCGGAAGUGAACUCUUUGGGCUGGCGAACUCGCGGUGCAGCGGCAGCUACAGCAACGAAUUGGAUCGGCGGCUUCGUUGUGACCCAGUUCACCAAAGUUGGGGUUGACAACCUUCACUGGGGAUUCUAUCUGAUCUUCGCCGUAAUCUGUUGGGCAUAUUUCCCAAUGGUCUUUUUCCUGUACCCCGAAACGUCGAACCGAACGCUUGAAGAUAUGGACCAGAUCUUCAUCCGAAACCCGUCGCCAUUGGUCUUCGGCAAGGCAGAGCUGACGCAGCGCAAGAGACCACAGGCUUUCAUUGAUGCGGAACAGACACGCAUUGCUGAUGCUGAGAACACGGAAAUAGGGAAAGAGGUGUCAGUUGCAACGGUUCAGCACCGGGACAUGGCAUGA